AAGUUUUCAUUUUUUUAAUAAUUUAGAUUUAAAACCAUCUUCUCACUCAUUUUUUUUAAAACUAUAAAAUUUUUUUAACAAAUUCUUCUAUUCGUAAUGUUUAAAUUUUGAAUAAACUUGUAAAAUUUUUAAAUUACAAUUCAAAUGUCAAAAUAGGUGUCCCUUAAAAAAUGGAUAAACAAGCUAUUGAUGAUGCAUUGGAGGCAGCUCGAUUAGCAGUUGAAUAUGACACUAGAGAAGAAUAUAAACAAGCUAUUUAUUAUUAUGCAGCUGCAGUGAAACAUUUACAAACAAUUCAAAAUCCAAGUCUUUCUGAGAAAGCUGCGGAAUAUCAGGAAAGAAUAGAUAAUUUGCAACAAAUCCUUUCCGAUGAAGAAAAGGAUUCUUCGGAUCAAUUAGAUGAAAGUGAAUUAGAAAAAUGUAAAUUACUUUUGAAUCAAGCACUUGACGCUGAUGAAGCUGGGGACAGGGAGAAUGCCCUUAAAUUAUACACCGAAGCCGCUGAACUUGGAAUUAAUGCCAAACCAACGAAUACAGAGAUAAAGGCAAAAUUAACGAAUCUCGUUCGCUCUGCUCUUGAUAGAGCCGAAGCGAUAAAAGGUAUAAAUAGAAAAAAAAUAGAAACAUCAGCAUUAAAUUUGCCUUCAGUUCCGGAGACAGAUUUACCGAAUGAAACAUCGAUCCCAAGUAUAACGGAGACGAGUCCAGUUCAACAAUCGAAACCAAGUUUACAUCGUGGAGACAGUGCGCAUCUUAAAGUUGUUGGUGGCAAUGCUGAAUAUACUGAUGAGGAGAAAAAAGUAUUACUUCAUAGUUCAAAAAUUAAUGAUAAUGAAUUUGUGCCUUUUAUGAAUAUUGAUUUAACCGAACGAUUUAAAUAUCCAAUUUCAUUUACUGAUAAAGAUGGACUUUUGGAAUUGUCACCAAAGCAAAAACCCGAUUUUGCCCGAUGGUGUCGACCUGAGGAACUUUUUUCCGAUCCUAAAAUGAUUAUAGGCAAUCAUAUUGAUUAUUACAGUAUAAAGCAAACAGUUGUUUCUGAUUGUUCGUUUGUUGCUUCCCUGGCAGUGAGUGCACAAUAUGAAAGGAAAUUUGGUCGUAAACUAGUCACGGAAAUUAUUUAUCCGAGAAAUCGGGAUAAGACACCAAUUUAUAAUCCUUUUGGAAAAUAUAUGAUAAAAUUACACAUCAAUGGAAUACCGAGGAAAGUGAUAAUAGAUGAUUAUUUGCCCGUGAGUAGACACAAUCAUCUACUUUGUUCCUAUUCGAAUAAAAGAGGAGAACUUUGGAUUUCAUUGCUGGAAAAGGCCUAUAUGAAAGUUAUGGGUGGUUACGAUUUUCCCGGUUCAAAUAGCAAUAUUGAUUUACACGCGUUGACUGGCUGGAUACCGGAGAGAUGGGCAAUUAGAUUAAACGAGCCGGACUUCAAUAAGGACCAUUUGUUUGACACGUUAUUUUUAAAAUUGCACAGAGGCGAUAUUUUAGUUACCGUUGCUACUGGUGAAUUAUCAGACGCCGAAGCCGAUCGCACUGGACUUGUUCCCACUCACGCUUACGCCGUUCUUGAUGUCAGAAAAAUAAACGGUGAAACGAGAUUGUUACAAUUGAAAAAUCCCUGGUCCCAUUUGAGAUGGAAGGGAAAUUUCUCUGAACUCGAUAGAAAUCAUUGGACAAGUUCUCUACAGGAGGCAUUAAAUUAUGAUCCCGAUUCGGCAUCUCAAUUUGACAAUGGUAUUUUUUGGAUUGAUUACGACAGUAUUUGUCGAUUUUUCGAUGUUUUUUAUAUUAACUGGAAUCCAGGAUUGUUUAAAUACACGUAUUGUAUUCAUCAAAUGUGGAGAGCUGGAAUUGGUCCAAUUCGCGAUGCGUACAAUAUCGGAGAUAAUCCACAAUUUUCUCUAGAGGUGCUACCAAAUGCUCAGGGAGCGGUUUGGAUUCUUCUCACUCGACAUAUUACUGAUAUUGCCGAUUUUCGACAAAAUCAAGAAUAUAUUUCUGUUCUUGUUUAUAAAAAUUCUGGGAAAAGGGUUUAUUAUCCACAUGAUCCUCCUCCGUACAUUGACGGUGUUCGCAUCAAUAGUCCACAUUAUCUUUGCAAAAUAAAAUUGGGACCCAACAGUGAUAAUAAAUAUACUUUAGUAAUUUCUCAAUACGAAAAAACUAAUACUAUUUAUUAUACGCUACGUGCUUACGGAACGUGUCCCUUUAAACUGCGGAAAAUCGCCGAUCCUUACAGGCACAUGAAAGAGAUAACAAACGGAGAGUGGAAAGGAAUAACGGCUGGUGGUUGUGGAAAUCAUCCGGCGACUUAUCAAAAUAAUCCGCGUUAUCAAUUACAAUUGGAAAGUUCGCACAAUAAUAAUUAUUUGCUCAUUAUUCUAAAGGGACCGAAACAAUAUCAAAUUGGUUUCGAAAUUGUUUCCGUCUCUCUCAACGAUCAAGAAUCACCUUCGGCUUUCAAUUCAAAAAGCUCCGGCCUCUUCAGAUGCGGCUUUGUUUAUUUGGAAUUGGAAGACGUUCCAGGUGGUACGUACAAUAUUAUUCCUUCAACUUAUUUGCCGAAUCAAGAAGGACCAUUUUUCUUAACAUGCAAAUCUUCGUGUAACAUACAACUUGGACUAAUUCAAUGAAAUUGGUAUAUUUUAGCCUAGUUAGAAUCAAUGCCACCAUUAUUAACUUUAUAUACCACUAAUUGACCUCACGAAACAAAAAAUGUUAUAAAAUUUUCUAAACUUUUUAUCAAUCUUUACGCUAAGCUUCUUCUCUUUUCCUAUAAAUAAUACCUACACAAUAAAUUGAAUGAGAAAUUUCUUCAUAAUGAAAAAUAAUACACAAAUUAAAAAGUGUAGGUAAUUAUUGCACAAAAAAUACUAGAAAUCAAGUGUGAUUUCAAAAUAAUUGACAUGACAAAUUUUUAUUAUAUAAUAUUAUACAAUAAUUGUAUGAAUUUUUAUGAAAAAAA